AUACUAACAUUUGUCACAUGAAUUUGUACAUUGUUAAAGAAACUGUGUAACUAAUUUGGUUUUAUUCACGUUUAAGCGAUGGUAUAAGAUCGCCAACGUUAAAACCUAAUAGAAAGCAACAUGAAAGGUUUAAGGUGGAUAAUUCUGGCAAUUUUUGUUUUUCUUCUUCUGACAAACCGUGUUUCUUGUCAGACUAAACGUUGUGACACUGUAGAUCAAUGUUCGUGUAAAUUUGAAGAUGGAACGGUCGUGGAUUUAACCAGUCUUGGAAAUACAGAUAAUACACCAAGGUUUAAAGACCUUUCAAGUGAGGAAGGCAACUAUUACUCAUACAACCCCUGCAAAGGCUUCACAGAGAAAUCAUGCAGCGCGGCUGCGACAUGUAUCCUCAACUCCGACAAGUCAGAGUCCAUUCAGAUCGGAGACGCUAACAAUGCCGCCUUCGCAUAUAACACUGAGGAGGACGCUGUAGUCGUCGCCUACACUUCCGGAACUAUACGAGACCUUAGGUUGUCCGAGGUUAUCCUGAAGUGCGACCAGAGCGCAUGUUCUCCUACUGUUGUAGCCAACGGCGCCCAGGAUGCUGGCGAGUUUAAAUACACACUAACAUCUGUUUGCGCAUGCCCAGAUGGAUGUACUUCAAAAGGUCCCAAAAAUUGCGGUGGUGGUAGUGGUGGUGGUGCGUCAGGGUUGUCUAUCGGAUCUGCCAUUUGCAUAACGCUCUUCUCGUUCCUGAUACUCUACUUAGUUGUUGGUGCCAUCUUUAUGAAGUUUGUGAAGAAAAAGGAAGGUGCUGAGGUCAUUCCCAAUCUGACGUUCUGGAGAUCAGUACCGGUUUUAGUAAAGAACGGUGGAAAGUUUGCUACAAACACAGUCCUUCGAAGGAAAGACGCUACCUACGAUAGUAUUUAGUAAAAAUAAUUUAAGGAAUCGACAUGAUACAUUAUUGAAGUUAAAGGAUAAAUAAAAAACAUUUAGAUAAAUUUGUCUUUUUCAGGUAAAAUUGUUUUAAACAUGCUUUCAGACACGUUCAGUGUUUAAAAAAACUUUGCAAAUGUUAAGAAAGUUUUUUUAUCGACUUUGGACUCGAAAAGUUUCAUUACCUAUUUUGUGAAUAAAAUGUUACUUUGAA